AUGACAACUCUGAUGCUACUUAUGAUGCUACAACUUCGACUUGUUCAGCUUCUUGCAAUACUUAUUGUCACUCCGAUGUGGGAUGCUUGAGCUCAACACCUUGCCCAUGUCCGGCACUUUGCACAUGCUCUGCAAAUGAUGGAGUGUGCUCAUAUUGUAACGAUCAAAAUGGUGACCUUGCAAAUAAGUGUCAAUGCAAAACUAAUUAUGCUCUCGAAGGACUUAGUUGUGUCUUAA